GUCAUUUCCAGUUGGAGAAUUUAACAGUUUUUGACACGAGGAGAGCAGCGGAAAAGGCCAAGGCUAAAUCUAUUGAAGCUUAUGUGCAACAGCUAUCAACUUUGCACUCUCAACAUAUAAUGAACAAUGGAAGAAAAACUUGAUUAUGAACUAAAGAGCCAUUGCAUCUUUAAUGGAAUUGCAGAAGAACCUGCAGAAGAAGAGUCUUCACCAACCGUAACAAGUGAGAUUGCAGAAGCUGAAUCUCCCCACGGAGUGCGACCAGUCAACCCGUCUCCAGCGCAUGCUUCAGGCACUGCUUCACCUACAAUUGUUCGACCCACAAAUCCGACCCCAACUAUUUCACAUAUUCACUUUCCAGAAAGGCCUGGCACCGUAGGUAGAGAUGAAGUUUCUGAGGUAUAUCUAUCGCCCAUUAAGCCACAACUAUGGCAAAGGCAUUCAGCACCUAUAGCUACAUCACUAGAUACUUCAACUCCUACACUCCUACCGAAACUGUUCAUUUCUACAUCAGAAAACCUCUCAUCAGAGAUACCAUGCGAAACGAACUUGCUUCCAAUGUCUCACAAUGUCAAACCGAUCGAUAGCAGACUCGCUGGUUCGUCUCUCCAAGAAAAGGACAGGAUGAAACUUAGCAAGUCCCUUGAACUAUCUGUGAAAGAGCUUCAGUUUGGUAAAAUCAAAGUGGGUCAGACCUAUGAAAAAUUCUUCUUUCUUAGAAAUAUUGGUGUCGAUUCGUGCCGCUUUAAAAUAAAACAACCACCUCCUACUUCUGGCUUGAAAGUUUUCUACCGACUUGGACCUAUUGCUGCUGGCCUCCAAGAGAAAUUGACAGUCAGACUCCACAUUCCUGCGGCUCUAACUGAGAAAUAUGAAGGUGGCAUCAAUUUGAAAUAUAAUUUAUGUAUUGUCACAGAGAAAACAUCGUUGGUGCUUCAAAUUUCGGCUUCUGCUCUACACCGAGGUCACACUAUAGCCAGUAUGACUCACCAGUGAAGUGAAACCACGCCCUUUCUUUGGAUUCAUCACCUCAUUUUACAAUACAAGGAUGGUAAGUUAACUUUCCCUCUUUUUUUUUUGUUGUUUGGAUCAUACAUACAUGAGUGGGGUGGAUUAUCCAUUGAUCCAUCCGAUCACCACCACCACGACUGCUUUUCUUACUGUUAAUCAUUUCAAUUGGAAAGUCUGAAGAGAAUUUUGGUUUUGUGUAGUAAGAUAAACAGGAACAAGCAUUCUUAGGAAAGGUGUGCAACGGGUGAACUGUGAAUAAAGAUUUGAAUUUGCAGCCUUGAGAAUCUUCGAAACCGACUUUUUAUGUAAAUAUUUGGCCACCCCUCUGGAA